GUCCAGAUAAACAGUUGGUGACAAUUAGUCAAGGGGGUCGAUUAUUCUGUGGCCCAGCCGAGUGUCAAUCCUUCAAAAGUCCAAUGCAGCAACUGGUUCCGACCGUGAAAGGAGAUUGCUACGCAUUAGGAUCGCAGGAGUUCUGUGCAAACAAUUCACAAGUACUGGGUUACGAUAUUUUCAAACGCCAAUUACAGUGCGUCAACAUCAUCAGCCUUAUUACCUCACCAAAACAAAACGGAUCGUCCAAUAAAAGGGCCUCUGAAUCACGUAACCCACUGCAUUCUUCUAGAAAAGUUCAAUUAAAGUUGGAUCAAGAAAACGUUUUAAUAAGUACAAAAAGUAAAACAGAAGAAAGACGCCGACAGGACAACGGUGGGAUAUUUCAAUUCCCAGGAUCUAACGUGUCAGCGAAAAUUGAUUUACUUUUACAACCCUGUCGGACUGGAGCUCGGCAAGGCGUCAACCAUAAAUGCACAAAUCCAUUAGUGCCAGAUUUGAGCACUGCAGGACCAACGCGGCCACCAGUUAGUCCGGCAUUCACCUGCCCGAGAAACGGGAGCUUCUUGCAAGCUGGAGGACAGUGCGUGAAUGACAAUCGUGCAACCAGUUGCGGCCCAUCUUUUCAAUUUAACGAGGCCACCGGGCAGUGCCGAACAAGAUUUUAGCUAACAGAAAAUAUAGGAAUUAUAAACGACGCAUUGCUCAAAAUAAAUUUCGUAAUAAUGUCUAGAAAAGAAAAAGUAAUUGAACAUUUCAAUUACUUGCAAUAACAUUUGUAUAACUGCAUGCAAAAUAAACUGUCUCUCACUAUUAGUACUAGGCCAAUAUUUUAAACCGGUAGAAAAUAAAUGUUAAACAGUACAAUAAUU